UGCGUUACUUAUCUAAACAACAUGCUGAAUCCAACUGGCAGGAUGGCCCGAUAUAUCAUGAUAUUACAAGGUUAUGACUUUAUAGUCAAGCAUAAACCCGAAAAACAAAUAGUUAAUGUUGAUGCAUUAUCAAGAAUCGCAUUUGACCCAGGUGGAAGUUUUGCAGAAAACAAGACAGAGGCAUGUCCAGCAGGCGACACAUCUGGUGAAACUGAUUUUUCCAAAAUCGAUAUUAAUACAAAAGCAUACAUUGACACAGCAUGCCAAGCAUCGUCAAACACAAUAAUUGCAGCAAUAAAGUUGUACAUUGAUCAAAACAAUGAGGCACACAAGGAUAUGAUUGCCAAACUAAAUGAACGUUUAGACUUAUGUUUCAACCAAAUUUAG